AUGCAAACAAAUUUCGAUCAACAAGGAACAUGUUCAUCGUACCAAGGUGCGACAGGUCAUACUCCGGAAUAUGUUAGUGCGGGGAAUUCAUACUCUGUCCAACAGAAAGCUGCUAUUGCUACACCGGUUUAUCAAACAGUUUGGAAAAACAAGCUAUCGACAGAGAUUAAAAUGAACCUGAGGAUAUUUUUCGCAGUUUCUGGUUUCUUCUAUGCUUUGUGGGGGAUCGUAGCAAUCAGUGUACAAAUUGCGAUUAUUAUCAAUGCAUUUUCUACGUAUUACCAUGGAUUAUGGUCUGGUUCUUUGCUUGUUAUUGCAGGAGCUGUCAUGAUGAUCAUUGCUGCUCGAUCCCAUUAUCCUUUAAUGCGUCUUCCACCUUUAUAUGGCUUCAAUUUAGACACUGUUAUAGUUUGUAUUGUGACAAAAGUUUAG